AUGGCUAGUGCUUUAAGAAAUAUUAUUGUUGUUGGAGGGUCCUAUGUGGGAAAGACCACGGCCCAAGAGCUCGCACAAGUGGUGCCAAAUACACACAGGGUCCUGUUGAUUGAGCCGCACAGUCAUUUCCAUCAUCUCUUCACCUUUCCUCGCUUCGCAAUUGUUCCCGGACAAGAACACAAAGCCUUCAUUCCAUACACGGGACUCUUCCCGUCCACUACAAGCCCAGUCCGACAUGCCGUAGUGCAAGCCAGGGCUCUAUCGGUGCAGUCGCAGCACGUCAAGCUGGACCGUGAAUGGCAAGGUUCUCGUCAAAUUCCCUUCGACUAUCUGGUUGUCGCGACCGGUACCCGUCUCGUGCAGCCGGCAGGUAUGAGGCAUGACGACAAGCUCUCCUCUGUCGCAUAUCUCCAAAACCACCAAAACGACGUCAAAAAGGCCAAGUCCAUUCUCAUCGCAGGCGGCGGUGCGGUCGGCGUCCAGAUGGCCACGGACCUGAAGGAAUUCUACCCCGAUAAGGAAAUCACGGUAGUACAGUCUCGUCCUCAGUUAAUGUCGGGGUUUCAUGAAGGGCUGCAUGAUCUUGUUAAGGAACGUUUUGAUGAGCUUGGCAUCAAAUUCGUCACUGGAGCUCGCGUAAAGAUCCCUGCCGAGGGAUACCCCACUCAGGGAGGUCCAUUCAAUGUCGAGCUCACCAACGGCACGCAAUUGUCGACAGAAUUUGUGAUCUGUGCUACCGGCCAAACACCAAACAAUGGUCUCAUCAGUGAAUUAACCCCCUCAACAUCCGAGUCUUUAAUCAACCCCGAUAACGGCUUUAUCCGGAUCCGGCCUACGAUGCAAUUCCUUGACCCUAAGUACUCGAACCUCUUCGCAGUCGGCGACAUCGCAGAUACAGGACUCCGUAAGGCUGCCAGACCCGGCUCAGCGCAGGCCGCUGUUGUCGCAAAGAACAUCCAGGCUAUGAUCGAAGGAAAGAAUCCCGAGGACGUUUUCCCACGGAUGCCGGCAGCGAUCCAUCUGACUCUAGGAAUGAAAUAUAAUGUGAUCUUCAGGAACCCUAAUGUCGCCGAAGGGCAGACCGAGCCCACUAUCAUGAAGAAGCUUGAUGGACAAGAGGAUAUGAAUGUCGAGGCAUUCUGGCAGAGGCUAGGUGUCUCGAUUGAGAGCUCGAAUCAGUAUCAUCUGUAG